AUGUUCCAAAUGGCAUGUGCAUUUUGCUUUGCGAUACAAACAUAUGCUCAACUCGUCCUUUUUCAUCAAGCAACUACAAGUUCAUUAAAGAGAUUUUUUCAAUGUUUUGUGAUUAUAUAUCCAAUCGUUAUGUUAAGCAUACUUAUUGGAUUAUCACUUCGUUUUCAUACUGUUAAACCAAGGCGCAUGAAUUGCGACGUAACUGAUCCUGCUUGGGUUAGAUUAUUUAGUUUUUCUGGAAUUAACCAACUUUGUAGUAUUCCAGGUGUAAUUUUAAGCGGCCGCGCCGCUUAUGAAGUAUAUAAACACAUGGAUCUACUUAGGUCUAGUUCCUCUCAUUCUAAUUCCUCUACUGAAGUAAUCACUCAAGAUAGCAGCAUUCAGCGACCCAAAUUUUCUAGAGAUCCUUUUUCUAAAAAAAGUAAAUCUUAUAGUGUAACAAAAGCUGCUGCUAUUCGAAUGGUCACCUUUUCUCUUUUAUUUGCACUUAUCAAUUUAUUUGCUUGUAUAACUAGUUUUUCAGCAAUUUUUAAAGAUGUAAGCAUAGAUAGAGAACCUUCUAGUGUUGAUUUUGUUG